CAAAAACCAGCAAUCGCCGCCGGCCGCCCGGCCCUUCUUCUCCGCCGGAAUCAUCGCUCAAUCAGGAGAGCAGUUGAAAAGUUCCAAAGUCGCAGAGCACACACUGAUCGAUAUAAUACUUCUCCUUCUUCUUCUUCUUCUUCUUCUUCUUCAAAUCGCUCUAGAAAUUCCAGAAGUGAAUCGAUAUGCCCCACGCUUUCCCCAAAACUCAGAUUUCUCGGACUUCAAUGGCGAAAUCGACGAUGUUUUCUUUUGGCCAUCAGUUUCUUCAACACUUACGUAUGGAUCCCGCUGCUUCGUCUCAAGGAUGCGAUUAUUGGCGGCGUUAGUGUUUUCCGCCUCGCGUUUGUACCGGAAUCGGACGGCUCAAGCGGCGGAACUCUGCUGGUGAGAAGAUACGAAGAGUUGCAGAGGAGCGAUGAUCGAGCGGAGGAGGAGAUUUGUUCUAUCUGUUUGAUGGAAUUCGCGAGAGGAGAUUCCGUGUGCGUAUUACCGGAUUGUUCGCACGUUUUUCAUUUCGGUUGCAUCGAGAAGUGGCUCGAGAGAAAUCGCUUCACUUGCCCGCUCUGUAGGUGCUUCUUCUUCUUCAACAUCAGGAAUCGCCAUGAGAGGAAGCUCCAAUUCGUCGUUCCAGAUAAUCCUUCUUGCCUCUAUUACUUCUUGCAGUGAUUUUUCAUUCGUUUCGUUUUCCAUUGUCGAUUGUUCGUCUGUAGAUUGAUGUGGAUUUCGCAAUUGCUAUCGGAUUUCCACGUCUUUUGUGUAAAAAUUCUUCCAUCUCCGACUUCAGACUGUCAGAUUCAUCAUUUGCUAGAACUUGAAAUUUUUGGUUCGUUUGGGUAA